AUGGCUAGCCAGAACAAAUCCCCGCCGGUCUAUGUGACCGUAUCUGCACUCGAUGCUGGGCACCUCACUCUGCCUGAGAACUUAUUUGUCACCGAAGCCCACUGCAACAAGAGAGCAACUGUACCUUCACUCGCGUUCUUUGUGAAACACCCGGCCUAUGGCGGUGGCAGAGACGUAAAUCUUGUCUUUGAUCUAGGUCUGAAGCGGAAUUUGACAGGCUACCCUUCCAAGCAACAAGAACAUAUCGCCAAUCGUCACCCCAUCAUCAGCCGACCAGAUUGCGUCGACAGUCUACAAUACGGGGUUGACUGGGAGCCAGGUAGCAAUGGCGAGACUCUUCUAGAUCCCGCAACGGAUGUUGUUAUGGUGAUCCUCAGCCACGUCCACUGGGACCAUGUUGGUACACCCUCUGACUUCACCAAUGCGUGCUUUGUUGUUGGCUCUGGGACAUUAGAUUUACUUAAGCAUGGAGCAGGGCCUCUCUACCCAACAGAAAUAUUCAAUGAUGACGAACUCCCUGCUUCCAGAACUGUUGAACUCCCAGCUGUCCCUUAUGCUACCAAGGAAGAAGGUUACGACGCUGCCCCGCAUGCCCCCAAGCACACGCACUCACUCCCUGAGACGGUAGCUACACUUCCCAGCUGCGUUCCCGUGGAUUUAUGGUCGUGGGAGCCCUUGGCAAAUCUUCCCCACGUUCUAGAUUUGUUCGGUGAUGGAAGUGUCUUCGUAAUAGACAGCCCGGGUCAUCUCUACGGCCACAUCAACUUAUUACUUCGCGUUGCCGAGCGACGGUUCAUUUAUCUGGGCGGCGACUGCUGCCACGAUCCGAGGAUUCUGAGUGGGCAAAAGGGCAUCGCUCUGUAUGAUGAUGGGAAGGGUGGAAUGAGGAGCGUGCACACGCAUACGGGCGUAGCGCAGAAGACACUGGGUCAAAUCGACAAAUUCGCGAACGAAAUGAGCGUAAACGAGGGAAUUGAAGUAGAGGUUAUUGUUGCUCAUGAUAAGACAUGGAGGGAGAAGAACCGACAUCGGUUCUGGCCGGGCAAGCUUUAG